AGAGAGAGAGAGAGAGAGAGCAGAACGGAGAAGAAAGUAUCUUUUUUUUUUGUCUCGAAGUCAGAGAAAGAGAGAAGAGAAGAAAGUUUCGAGCUCCGAUGAGUUCCGGAGGUGGAAUCGUGGCUGGACCAACACCAGCAUCAGCUCAUUCGAGCGGCGGUGGAAACGUGGAGUGGCACGUGAGACCACCGAACCCUAAAAACCCAGUCGUCUUCUUCGACGUCUCUAUUGGUGGCAUCCCCGCGGGUCGUAUCAAGAUGGAGCUUUUCGCCGACAUUGCCCCCAAAACCGCCGAGAACUUCAGGCAGUUCUGUACUGGUGAACUCAGAAAGGCUGGGAAGCCUCUUGGUUACAAGGAGUGUCAGUUUCACAGGGUCAUCAAGGACUUUAUGAUUCAGAGUGGUGAUUUCCUUAAGAAUGACGGUGGUGGAUGCAUGUCCAUUUAUGGCCACAAGUUCGAUGAUGAGAGUUUUACUGCCAAACAUACCGGACCUGGACUGCUCUCGAUGGCAAACAGUGGGCCAGACACAAAUGGGUGCCAGUUCUUCAUCAGUUGUUCAAAAUGCGACUGGCUUGACAACAAGCAUGUUGUCUUUGGGAGAGUGCUUGGAGAUGGUUUGCUGGUGGUGCGGAAGAUUGAGAACGUUGCUGUUGGACCAAACAACAGGCCUAAGCUUGCCGUUGUAAUCACAGAGUGUGGGGAGAUGUGACAAGCUUUUUUCACCCAAAACACUUCUUGAAAAACUUAUCUUCUGGAGUAAUGUAGGGAGAACCUUGAGCUUAUUAGUUGUAAUCCUUAUGCAUUGUGACAGAUCCUAAAUCCCAGUAUGGUUUUCGAAUUGACAUCAUUUCCAUAAGCAAAGCCUGUUUUAAAC